CGUAAUGAAGAAGGCUGGUGGACAGCAGAUCAUUUGAUUGAUCAAGUUAUUAAUUAUUCCAUUCUUAUUUUUGAAACAAUUUAUCCCAGUGCAAUUGCUGUUAUGGCAUUUGACAAUAGUACUAAUCAUG